AUGAUCGAUCUCCACGCAUGCUCCUCGCCACAUUGAUCAAUCUGAAUUUGAUGCGACAAAAUACUAUAAAAAUAACAAUGAAGUAACUGGAAUUGUGCAUCGAGUGGAAGACGGAGAGUGAGAUUGGAGUUUGUGAGCCUCAAGACGAACGAACGAAUCACCGGAGUGCAUUGCAGCCGAACCAAGCCAAGCAAGCAAAUUGAAGAUGACCGCAGGAAAUCAGCCGCCGGCAAGCAGCAGCCACACCCAGGCUUACGGAGAAGCGUCGUACUGGGACAACCGCUACGCUCUGGAUCCCUCCACCUUCGAUUGGUAUCAGAAGUACCCUUCCCUCGCCCCUCUCAUCCGCCUCUACGUUCCUCCUAACGACCGCGUUCUCAUCGUCGGCUGCGGUAAUUCUGCCUUCAGCAAAUGCAUGGUUGAUGAUGAAUACCUUGAAGUCGUUAAUAUUGAUAUCUCCUCGGUGGUCAUUGAUGCAAUGCAAAAAAAGUAUUCUGCCUGCUCCGAGCUCAAAUAUAUGAAAAUGGAUGUCCGAGAUAUGAGUGCCUUUGACAAAGGAUCUUUUGGUGCUGUUAUUGAUAAAGGAACGCUGGACUCUCUUUUGUGUGGACAAAACUCACGGCAAAAUGCAGCUAAGAUGCUUGAGGAAGUCUGGAGGGUCCUCAAGGAUAAAGGAGUAUAUAUUCUGGUUACGUAUGGAUCGCCUGUUUAUCGAUUACCCUUACUGAAAGACUUGCCAUGGACAACUAAGCUGCAUGUGAUAGAAAAGCUUCCAUCGGGAAAUAGUUCACAUCAGAUCACCAGGGAUCUCACCUCUCCCAUUGCUUUAGAUGUGAAUGGAACCUCUGCAGAAACUAUCGCAGGGGUGAAGGCUGAUGUUCACUAUAUCUACGUAUGCAUUAAGGACAAUGAGUGAAAUACAAGCACCAGAGGAAAGAGUAUAAGAUUGGUUAGCUUCAGCAAUGCGCACUAGGGUACACUACAGCCAUUGAACUGCCAGUGAAUUUGUUUAAGCAUUAUUGAUAGCAUAGCAUACGACCCGCUGGUUUCGUUUGGUGUGCUGCAUAAUAGGGAAAAAAAAGAACUUGUGAACACUGUGGAAGUUUACUCAAGGCCUCAACGAGCGGAGCUUUGACUUUGAUAUGUUACUACGUACUUCUUCGGAAACAUUCUCUACAAUUUCAUGUUGAAUAUUCUCACUCACAUAGCUGGCAGUUUAGACUGAUAAUAACCAAACGAAAUAUAAGCAAAAUCUACAUGCUUGAAAAGUUUGCCUUUAUUCUUUAA